AUGGGCGAAUGGCUAUCGGAAGGAAUUGUGUCAUCGGCCUUGGCCAGCGACUUCAGCAUGGUCUUGACAUUAAAGGAAAGGCUAACUGUCAGGAAGUCGGUGUUUGUUUGGCCGGGCUCUUUCGCAUUGGAACCGACCCUUCAGCCAAUCUCCGAGGUACAGGGCGAAGUCCCGCACGAAGUCAUGAUGAACUACGUUCGAUUGCUAGAGGAAUGUGAGGAAGGAGGCCUUCAGACGGUACAAGCCAUGCUGUAUAGCGGUGUUUCACCGAACUUUCCGGAGGGUCUGAAUCUGGAAAAGUGGAAAGAAUACGCAUAUCGACCUUUAGAUGCAGUGACCCGUAACAACGACAUCCCGAUUGUGCGGGUUCUUUGGGUCCUCGGAGCACGGUAA